CUUCAGCAACUGAACCCUCUAUUCCUCACAUCCUAACUGUCUUCUUUUCCCCACAUUGGAAACACAAGUUUUAUUUUUUCUCACAUUCAACUGAUCUCCGAUCAGUGCAAUUGUAUUUCAUACUAGAAUUGCUGUUUAAAGCUUGCUAAUGUGUUCUGGCAUGAUGUUUAUGGUAGACCCGAGAAUGAGCAAAAGGUCUCCACCAGAUCCUGUUGCAGUUCUAAGAGGCCAUCGUGCUUCUGUCACAGAUGUUUGUUUCCAUCCAUCUAGAAAUGUAUUGUUUACUGGUGCCGGAGAUGGUGAGUUGCGCAUUUGGGAUACUCUUGAGCGUCGGACUUUGGCAUCAUCAUGGGUGCAUAGCGCUGCCCAUGGGAUCCUUUGUAUUGCAACUAGUCCUUUGAUUGGAAACAACAAAGUAGUCAGCCAGGGUAGGGAUGGGACUGUGAAAUAUUGGGAUAUUGCAGAUGGAACUUUGCCCAGGAUUCCUUUACUCACGAUCCAGACAAACUCUUACCACUUCUGCAAGCUAUCAUUAAUGAAAAAGCCGACUUCUUGUGUGGAGCAAGGGGAAGGGUUUAAGUACUUGGUUGAUUCAGGGGUUAGGGAAGAUGCCAAUGCAGAGACUCCAGAUGAUGGCAAAAGAAUGGCUGAGAUAACAGACGAUCCGCAGGUUGAAGGACCAAAGUAUGUGGCUAUGGCAGGGGAGCAGCCUUCAGAGGUUGAGAUAUGGGAUCUCAAUACUGCUGAAAAGGUUGCACAAUUUCUGCAAAAAUGCUCUGGUGGUUCCCUGAAUCAGUCAGCAAAUACUAGAGGAAUGUGCAUGGCUGUUCAAGCUUUUAUCCCCUCUGAAUCACAAGGGUUCCUGAAUGUCCUAACUGGUUAUGAGGAUGGAUCAAUGGUUUGGUGGGAUUUGAGGAAUCCUAAGGUUCCUUUGACUUCUGUUAAGUUUCACAAAGAGCCUGUUCUAAGUCUCUGUGUUGAUGGGCGAUGCAGUGGGGGUAUCUCUGGAGGUGCAGAUGAUAAAGUUGUAAUAUUCAGUUUAGUUCAUUCAACGGCAGCGAUUUAUUGUUUGAGACAGGGUUCUUGUGUCAUCAAGAAAGAAAUCAGUUUGGAGCGACCUGGCAUAUCAGGGAUCUCAAUUCGACCAGAUGGCAAGAUUGCUGCAACAGCAGGUUGGGAUCACCGAGUGAGGGUAUAUAAUUAUCGCAAAGGAAAUGCUCUGGCAAUAUUAAAAUAUCACCAUUCCACGUGCAAUGCUGUGUCAUUCUCAACCGAUAGUAAGCUAAUGGCCUCAUCAUCAGAAGAUUCUACUGUGGCACUGUGGGAAAUUUAUCCUCCCCGAAUGUCAAAUUAACUUGCUGACAAGUAUUGAUUGCCAUCAAUAUGUGCAGUUCUGGGUUGAUGCCACAUUGCUUCUCUGAUUCAUUUUGAGUGUUGUCUUGGCUCUUCUCCUGUAGCAUUCUCAUGAAGUAAAGCAGAUCCUUAAUUCCCAUUGAUUGCUGUUAGAUAGCCAAUCCAUCUGUAAGAUAUUAUGGACAUACUUGUGCUUGUAUAUAAAUUUCAUGGAAACUUGGAGUGGGUAAAUAACAAGAAAUGUCAAGAACUUUAGACAUGUCAAGAACAUUGUUUAUAAUCUCCGUUGUGUCCUCUCUAU